UUACAGAUUGAGAUGACAAGACUCGAAGACGAACUGGUCCAUAUUCUUGCUCAGAAUAAACUGCGUUUUGAGAAAGAAUACGUGUUGCACCCCACUUGUGAAGAAACUUGUGUGUCUGAAGAAUCAGUUGUUUCGAAUGAAGGUGAUUCGGUUCAAGAGGAUACGUCUCAGAGGGAGAGCAGCAGCACCGAAACUGAGGACUAUGUAAUGGAUUUGGUCCAUCCAGAUGUGGUUCCUCAAAUCACGUCCAUUGCAAAUAUUAUGCUUGCUUCACAUUAUGAUCUUGAAUUUUGUCAGGCUUUUGUUCGAUUCUGGAGAGCUGAAUUGGCUGAGUAUUUGACGAUUUUGAAUGUGGAACAGUUCAGCGUUGAGGACGUGCUGAAAAUGGGGUGGAAAUGCUUGAACUCUAGAAUCAGGAAAUGGCGUCGAGCAAUAAAGAAUGUAAUUGGAAUCUAUCUUACUAGCAAGAAAAGCCUGUUCGACCAAGUUCUGGCAGAAUAUGGAAAUGUUAGUUUGACUUGCUUAGUCGAUGCUUCAAAGGCUUCUCUGUUAUCCCUUUUGAACUUUGGCCAUGCUGUUGCAAUUGGACCACAUAAACCAGAAUGGCUUUAUUGCUUGCUUGAUAUGUACGAGACUUUAGCUUCUCUAAUUUCAGACAUAGAAGCCCUGUUUCCAGAAGAGGCUGGCUCUUUCAUUAGGAUUGAAUUCCAUGAGCUUUUGCAAAGACUAGGCGAUGCUGCAAAGGUUAUCUUUAUGGAGUUUGGUAACCAUAUCCACAUUGCUUCACGUGCUUCUAAAACGCCUAUUGCAAAUGGCGAUAUCCUCCCUCUAACCAAGUACGUAGUGAACUACAUCCUGUGCUUCGUAGAGUACGGUGGAACCCUCAAUUCGCUUCUUGCACAGAAAGACGGGGAUAAUUUUGAUACGGGUCCUACUGAAAACGUUGGGCAGAUUACUAUCUCUUGUCCGUUGGCUAUUCACCUACACUCGGUGACAUCAAUUUUAGAAGCCAACCUCGACAUCAAGUCCAAUCUGUACAGAGAUAGUUCUUUGAAGCAUAUUUUUAUGAUGAAUAACAUUAAUUACAUGGUCGAUAAGAUCAAGAACUCCGAAGUCAGGGGUUAUUUUGGUGAUAAGUGGAUUCGUAAACAUAUUUGGAAAUUCCGGCAGCAUGCUAUGGAGUAUGAGAGAAUCACGUGGAGCUCUAUUAUUGACUUGAUAACGGGCGAUGGGAGAACUGGAAAGGCAACUCUAAAAGAGAGAUGCAGGGAUUUCUGUAUUGCUUUCGAGGAUGUGUAUAAGAUUCAGACAGCAUGGUAUGUUCCUAACUGUGAACUUCGCGAAGAUUUAAGGAUCUCCGCUUCAACGACAGUUAUUCCUGCGUACCGUAACUUUGUUGGCAAGAUUACCGAUCAUAUUGGUGAAAAGUACAUUAAGUACACUGUGCAAGACUUGGAA